AUGCACAUACAUGUAUUUAAAGAGGAGGCUGACCUGAUGUGUGAGCUGCUGAAGCAUGGUGCUAAGCCUUCUAAUGACAUCAUCCAGCUGAGCAGCGUGAUCCGCAUGUGCGCCUUGAGCCUUGUGUACCUCAGAGAACCCCAAUCUAUUGCUUCCGCCGCUGCAAUGGUGGGUAUGGCAAAUGAGGCUAAAAGGAUGUGUGAUUGGAUGAAGAGAGAGAACAGGCUUAUUACCUUCAGCUUGCCUCAGCCUCGUGAGCUCCACCGGAGCUGCUUGAUCCGGAUGAAAGCCUUGGAUGUUAUGACCAGAAUGUUGCAUGAGUGUUUCUUUUCUUCCUCCAAGCCAAAUACUGUUCGCACUGCCGCAACCUCGGGCCAUCCUGAUGCUCUUCCAGAAGAAGGCGCCAGCUCCCAGGCUUCAGUCGAAGACACGCCCAAGCCCAAGCCCAACAAACCUGAUGCUCUUCCAGAAGAAGGCGCCGGCUCCCAGGCUUCAGUCGAAGACUCGCCCAAUCCCAAGCGCCGGCCCAAUCCCAACAAGACUUAAGCUGGCUCAGAAUGGGAAGUCUAGCUAUAAGAUGUAGCGACUAGUGAGUGCGUCUGAGUCUGUAUCGAACAAAGGAACUCCUGAAUUCAAACUGAAUCAUUCCUCCUACCUGCUCCUUC